AUGAAGAUCUUCUGUGUUUUCCUUGUUCUAGUUGCAUUUGUCGCUGGCCUUCCGGUCUCUGCGCCGAUUGCGGGCGACAUUGGUGAUAGGCCUGUUGACUUUAAUGGCCGUCCCAUCGAUGGACGGCCGGUUGAAGGUCGUCCAGUUGAGCCCCGUCCGAUCGAUUCGCGGCCCAUCGGAACCCGAGGGGUGGAGGCGGGACAAGAAAAUGUACCAGGUGCGUAUAUCAUCGAGUUCAAAGAAGGAUACACCCACGAGGCAUUUAAAGCCAUGAUGGCGGACAAGAAGAUCAACUACGACACUCGGGUUAUCUUCAAUACGCCUAAGGUCCUCGUUGGAAUCUCGAUUCAGUUGACGAACUUCGAAGACUAUGUGGUCGUGAAGGCUUGGGAAGGAGUGCUGAAUAUCUGGCCGGUCACAAUAGUAACGAUCCCCGAAGAACCGCCUUUUUUUAGCCUUUGAAACUUGAUGUCUUUAGCAAAUAUGCCUGGGUAACUGUCAUUAUUCUAAAUUUAUUGUCCGCGAUGAGAUUUCGUUAUGGUGGGUGGUAGGGUUUUUUCGAUGUCCUGAGGUUCCGUUCGGAAGUACCACAUUGUUUUAUCUUCUAAGAUCGAAUUAUUGCGGGUCUAAUAGUUUCAUCCAUAAGUUAGCAUUGUUGUAUUUUGAAGAAAAUUUUGCAUUCCUACGUCGAGCGAAUGCAAGUGAGCUGAAAUUGAUCCUGGCCUGUCUCUCGUGGCAGCAGUCCAAGAUAGAGCUUCGUCCUCUCACUUCAGCAUCCUUUCUCUGGCAUAACUUCAUUGUUCAAGUAUUCAUGAACUCAAAGGGUAUUUUCGCAAUACCGGGAC